AUGCAGAGUCAUCUCGGUUUAUUCUUUCUGUUUUGCAUUUUUUAUCUAGAUAUUUGUCUUGCUAUUACAUUUGAUGUGAGACAAUAUGGUGCGGUUGGCAAUGGAAAUACCGAUGAUUCUAAGGCAUUUUUACAAGCAUGGAAAGCAACUUGUGCAUGUACAAGUGACACUGCUGUUAUGGUGGUGCCGACUGAAAAGACUUUCUUUAUUAGAUCUUUGCUUUUUAGUGGCCCUUGCAUAUCUCAAUCAACUCAAAUUCAGAUCGACGGAACUCUAAUAGCGCCAGACGAUAUAAAUAAAUGGGCGGAAUGUGCAUCGAACACAUGGAUAAUGUUCUCGCAAAUUAAUGGUCUUAAUGUUUAUGGAGAAGGAAAACUUAAUGCAAAUGGUCUACCGUGGUGGCAAGGCAGUAAUCUCAGAUACAUCCACAAUAACAAUUUUGAACAUUCAUUUCAAUACAAAUAUCCAAGAGUGGGAAGUUGUUCUCGACCAACGGCAAUGAGGUUUAGUCAGUGCAACAAUCUUGAAGUUAAAGGAUUGACUCAUAUUAACCCUCUGAGAAAUCAUAUAAGCAUAAAUGAUUGCAACAACGUCAAAAUAUAUCUGAAAUAA